CGGGCAGACGGAGUUUGCGCCCUGCAGAUUGGGCCUCACAAAUCCUCGACUCGGCCUCGCAAACCUGUGAAAGCAUUGAUAGUGCUCGAUCAUUUCCGUCUUUUCAGUCUCAGAGCCUUUCCGAAAGAUUACACGUGCUCUCCGCCGCAAAAAUACCAAGCGCAGUUGCUUAGAGUCCGGACCCGCUGUACCUCUACUGAGGCCUUUCGUUUUCCAUGAAGGCUCCAAUGAAAUAUGUUGUUGUCACCGGAGGUGUGGUAAGCGGUCUUGGAAAAGGAGUUACUGCGAGCAGCAUAGGUGUCUUACUGAAGGCCGGAGGCUGGCGAGUGACAAACAUCAAAAUCGACCCAUACAUCAACAUCGAUGCCGGAACUAUGUCGCCAUUUGAGCAUGGCGAAGUGUUCGUUCUUGAUGAUGGUGGCGAAGCUGACCUUGAUCUUGGCAACUACGAGCGUUUCGUUGACUCAACUCUAACACGGGACCAUAAUAUAACGACCGGAAAGAUUUACCAGACGGUGAUCGCAAAAGAGCGAAAAGGGGAAUACCUUGGAAAGACUGUGCAGGUAAUUCCUCACAUGACCGACGAAAUUCAAGACUGGAUAGAGCGCGUGUCAAGGCUCCCCGUCGACGGAUCUCCCGGUCAACCCGACGUUUGUAUAAUUGAGCUCGGAGGAACAGUGGGCGACAUUGAAUCAAUGCCCUUCAUCGAGGCACUUCGUCAAUUUCAGUUUCGAGUCGGCUCUGACAACUUUUGUCUCAUUCACGUGAGUUUGGUUCCGGUCGUAGGUGCAGUUGGCGAGCAGAAAACAAAGCCGACUCAACACUCAGUUCAAGCUUUACGUUCAGCUGGACUCUCGCCACACAUGUUGGCUUGCCGCAGCCAAGCCCCUCUCGAGCAGUCCGUGAUGGACAAACUUGCCCUGUUCUGCCAUGUCACGCCAGAUUGCAUCCUGAAUCUUUGUGAUGUGAGCAAUAUAUGGCAUGUCCCACUCGUUAUGCAAGAGCAAGGCGGGCAUUUAGCCAUCAUGCGUCAAUUAAGGCUUGAUUUCCGGAAGCUUGAGCUUGACAGCUGGGCACAUCGUGCCAACAAGUGGGACACAGUUACAUUGCCGGUCAAAAUUGCCAUCGUUGGCAAAUAUACAGGUCUAGGCGACAGCUAUUUAUCUGUCACAAAAGCGCUGAUGCACUCCGCGAUUUCUGCUGACAGGAAGCUCAAUAUUGUGUGGGUUGAAGCCGGGAUGCUCGAAGGCGCCACUCUCGCCGAAGAUCCAACAGCUCACGCUGAGGCUUGGGAAAACGUUCACAGUGCGGAUGGUAUUUUAGUUCCCGGAGGUUUCGGCGAACGUGGAACUGAAGGAAAGAUACUUGCUGCAAAGUAUGCACGAGAGAACCAGGUCCCAUUCCUCGGCAUAUGCCUUGGUAUGCAGGCGGCUGUGAUCGAGUAUGCCCGAAACGUACUUGGGAUGAAGAACGCUCAUUCCACUGAAAUGGUGCCUGAUUGUGCUGAUCCAGCUGUGAUUUUCAUGCCAGAAGGAUCAACAACUCACAUGGGUGGCACCAUGCGUCUUGGCUCAAGGAGGACGAUCUUCCAAACGCAGGAUUGCAAGGCUGCCAAGCUGUACAACUCCAUGCCGUUCGUUGAUGAACGCCACAGGCAUCGAUACGAGGUCAACCCUGAUAUUGUAGACAGACUUGAGAAGGCCGGAUGUGUCUUCGUUGGCAAAGAUGAGACAAAUAGACGAAUGGAGAUACUAGAGCUUUCCGGUCAUCCAUUUUUCCUUGCCACUCAGUAUCACCCUGAGUAUAAGUCAAGACCCGGGCGCCCAUCACCACCUUUUAUGGGUCUGGUUCUAGCUGCAUCAGGACAGCUUGAUCAGUACUUGACAAGUGAAGCAAUUGGCAUGCGGAUGAACGCCCCCGGAGGCUUUCUUCAGUCGCCACUCAAAGCUUUGAAAGGACUAGCAAAAGAAGACGAAUCUGACAGCCCCUGAGGGGUCGGUUUUAUGUGUGUAUCAAUCCAUACCGAAGUUCUGCCUAGCAGGCACGAAGGGGAAUGGAUUUCCAAUGCAUAUGCAUGAAGAGGUCGUCUAUCUUCGUCAAGGAAUGAAAGAAUCAAAAGAAAUUUCAACCAUCAGUUUCAAUCGUGUUCCGCAACUUGAAUGAAACUAUUUCAAAUCACUGCUAAUCAUAUGCACAAAUUGUAUUUGUCUUU